AUGAGCAGCGAGGUCUUUCAACUUACUGUGCUGCAAACUUCAGCUGGAACAGCGGACGUUGACGCACAGAAAGCCUUUGACAGAAUCAAACAAUAUGAGUAUCCUCUCGAAGCAGGCGACACUCUCCAGGCCACGCUAGUCCGGCAUGACAAGCAGCGUCAUACUCUGAUCUUGGGAUUCCACAACGUCGUCAUGGAUGUCGUGAGCAUCGCACUCGCUCUAGGUAACAUAGCCCGCGAGUAUCAGUCCCAGCCGCCGUCUCAGCUCCCCACUCCUACCUUAUACCCUGACUAUACCUGCCAGGGAAUGAACGACAUCCGAGACGGACAUCUGAAUUCCAGUAUUGAUUAUUGGGUCAAGCAUUUUGAUCUGGUUCCAGAAGUGCUUCCAUUGCUGCCGGUUACCAAAGUCCGAGCUAGACAGAGCCAUCGAGCACACGACCACCACUACAUUAGCAGAGAGUUGAGAAGCGAGCUCGUCCGGAGCAUUGCUCGGGUCGGUCAGGUCCAUGGUGUCUCUUCCAUGUAUUUGUACAUCACCACUUUGCAAGUCUUUGCCGCCUGUUGA